AUGUCUGCACCCUGCAUCAUGUACCAGUACCACCUCAAUGCUGAUAUCGCUUUGAGCAUGACCAUGGGCCGGAACACAAGCGGCGAUAAGAAUUGGUUUGAAAAGCACGGGGCUGUGGACGUCAUCGACGGUGUAGCCGUGGGCCUAAGCGAUAUACUAACACGACGAGAGGAUACGGGUGUCUGGGGCAUCGACGUGAUGGCCGAUGCCGACGAAUACUACAUGUGGAUUGCAGACGGUUCAUUUACUAGUACUGCAGUCAGCACUCUCCUACAACUCGCCUCCGAGGCUCGUCAUGAACGGGGCAUCCCGCCCGAGACCGACUGGCUUGACCAGCUCGAGCACAUGUCAAUACCCACUUCGGAUGACGACGUUGUGCUUGAAUUCCAGGGCAUGACCAACGAUGUCUUCCCCAAGCAGGCAGACGUUAUCUUGUCCCAUUAUCCCUACGACUACAGACGGAAUUUCUCGCUCGCCAAAUACCGAGCUGCGAUGGACUUUUACGCAGUCCGCACGGAUCCCCACGGCCCGGCCAUGACAUGGAGCAUGUAUGCCAUCACGGCCAACUCCCUGGCCACUUCUGGAUGCGCGUUCUGGACAUAUCUAGUCAAAUCGUUCCAGCCUUAUAUCCGCGGCCCUUGGUACCAGUAUUCCGAACAGCAAGACGACGAGCCCGGAGUCCUGGAUCCUCUGACCGGGAACCCCAUUAACCCGGCUUUUCCGUUCCUGACCGGCCACGGCGGCCUCCUGCAGACAUUCACGGCGGGAUUCCUCGGCUUACGCGUUACGCAGCGAAAUUUGGUGAUAAACCCGUCCCUCCCUCCGCAGCUCCAGAACUUCAAGCCACCCAUCCAGUAUUACAAUGGCGCCGUCGUUAGCUUUCGCAUGAAUCGCACGCAUACUGUUAUUACGCGGCGCGACGCGUCUGAUUUCGACGGUUUGGUGCCGGACCAGUACGGAAAGGAGGACAUGCCCAUCACCGUCGGCCGAGACGUGGACGAUCCCAACGCGCGGACGGUAUUAUUGCGCGUCAAUGACACGGUUGUAAUACAGAACAGGCUGUAUGAUGCCGCAAUUUCUGUCCCGGGCAACAUCUUGCAAUGUCACGGCGCAACCUCGUCGCAUGGCGAGCUAGCGUUUGCAGCCACUGACGGAUACGGAGGCACCUUUUGGCAGCCCGGUACAUGCGAUGCCACGGCCGCUGUUGUAGUGGACCUGGGAGUUUCCCAGGCGCCGCGGCUUCUGGAGGCUAUCCGACUGGAUUUUGCCAUGCGGCCGCCAAAGCACGUCAAGGUUUCGGUCUCGAAUAGCUCGGAUUUCGAGUCCGAGAUGGUACUAGCGGAUCAAGAUAUCAGCAUCACGAAGCCGUGGGUCCCGGACUCGCCGGUGGUGAGAUAUGUAGGAAACAUUACCACCAUCCCGCUCACCGACCCCGUUUGGAGUGGCGCAUUUGCGAAACUCGAGGUUACAGGCUGCUGGACUAACGAUGGUGCCGGGGCAACGGUUGCCGAGUUUGGGCUCCUGGCUGCAGAUGACUCUGCGAGUGAAUGA